GUCCGGAGGUUUGCCUGGCGGGAAAUCUGAAGACUAACCGUAUUAGUUAGUAUUUUGCUGAAUAUACACGGAUCUGCGAACAUUUGGAAAAUAACGUGAUGUCUCGUACACUUAACUGUAUUGUUGCUGUUUGCCCUAACAUGGGUAUAGGCAAUAAUGGAAAUCUACCCUGGCAUCCAAAAAGACUCAGUAAUGAUUUCAAACUCUUCCAGAAGAUGACGAUGACUCCUACAGUGGAAGGUAAACAGAACGUGGUGAUCAUGGGCCGGAAGACUUGGUUCUCCAUUCCAGAACGGAACAGACCCCUAAAGAACCGAAUCAAUGUUGUGCUCAGCAGAGAACUGAAAGAACCCCCCGCAGGAGCACACCACCUGGCCUCCGACUUCAGCUCCGCACUCCGCCUGCUGGACAGCACAGAACUUGCAGGGCAGGCCGAUCAGAUCUGGGUCAUAGGCGGAAGCUCCCUGUACAAGGAAGCGAUGGAGGCCCCAGGUUUACGUCGUCUCUUUGUGACUCGCAUCCUGCAGCAGUUUGACUGCGACACGUUCCUGCCAGAGAUCAGCUUGGACAAAUACCGCCUGCUGUCCGAGUUCCCAGGAGUACUAGCAGGUAUGCAGGAGGAACAUGGGAUCCAGUACCAGUUUGAGGUGUAUGAAAGUAUUCAAAACUAACAGCCGUUGCCCCAGACAAACUCCUCUUCUGCGGACCGAGACCAGAAAGA